AACACACAACACUAUAUUCUCCGUUAACCUUCAUCUGAUACCACUACACCAACGCUUUCCCUGGAUACAACAUAUGGAGUUUCUACAGACACCCUUUUUACAUAUCAAGUAGAGCCAUCUCCGAGAAGGGACUUGUGAUAUUUCUGUUUUCCCACUUACUAGGACUUUGGUUUCUGCUAAAUUAGAUCUAAAACCCUUAGAUUCCAGGCCAUGUUUCGACACAAAAAAUAUAAUCUCCCGCCAGACUCUAUUUCCCCGAAGAACAAGGUUGAAAAGAUGCUUAACGACCAAGAAAACUAUGAUACUUUUGAAUAUGAGCAAUCUGAUGGGGAGAUGUAUGAACCGCUUUCCGACACUAUUGUUGCACCCAAGCUGAAUGCUCCACCCCUGCCACCUGCACGGAACAAAUUGAAGCAAGAUACACAGAAAAAGCCAUUAGGUCUACCAAAACAUUCCAAACAGGACUUCAGAAGUGGAUCACUCCCAAGAAUCAAUCCAAUCAUCCCACAGGUUCCAGAUUGUGAUGAAAAUUAUGAAGAGUUUCCUUGCCAGAUGCUGGAUGAUCCCCAGGAAGAGAACUACGAAUGUUUUGAUAAUGAUUUGGUGGAAAAUGAUCCACCCGUGAAAAUAAAGCCACCCUUGCCAGGUCGAAGAUUCCUCAAAGAAAAACUUAAAGCCGAGACAAAACCACAACCAAUUGUCCCAAAAUUUUCAGCCAGUGGAGAAAGUCCAAGCCAGGGCAUAAAUUUUAAGGGAUUAGUUCAUCAUUUUAACACAAUUGCACAAGGUGAGACUGCAUGCACUCCUUCCCUGGGUGAAUUACUGCAUGCACGCAAUAAUCUAAGAACUACAGGCAACGAGGAUAGGGUUUCUAUUCAUACAGAGUCUGAACCCACCUUCAAACGUCCUGAUUUAACAAAAAGCAAAGAGAAGCCUCAACCAGCAUCAAAACCUUCGUUUAUGUCUGAAAUAAAUAACAAAGUGAAAAACUUCACCUUACCGGGAAAGGAGCCUUCCUCAAUGAAUCAAAAGAAAAGCAUAGGCUCUGAUUACACAAAUACAGCUCCCAAGAGGAACAGUUUUGGCAAUUCAUCAAUCCCACAACCAAGUAACACAGAGCAGGAUGACACAGAUGAUGAAGACCCAAGAGAGGUUUACGCUGAUGCUUGUGAUGCCCGGUUGUUCCUGCAAAAUAAACCAUGGUACUUUGGAAAAUUAGGCCGUAAAGCAGAGGAAAGUUUACUGAAUGAAAUUAAACAGAAUGGUGCCUUCUUGUUGAGAGACAGCAGCCAAGCAUCAGUCACUCAUCCAUUUACAUUGACUGUUUACUCCAAUGACCAUUUUUACCGACUCAAAAUCCGACAUCUUGAAAGUGGAAAAUUUGUUGUUGGAGAGAAAAAGGACUCAGAAAUUGAAUUCAACACUAUUCAAGAUCUGAUUACCUACUACGAAACGGAACCCCUACUUCUGCUGGCGGCGGCCAACAACAGCAACUCUUGCACGACUCUAAAGUACAUUCCAGAGAAAGCUAAGACACCCAGCGUUUGACUGGUUUACCCUGCAACACAUUUGAUUCAUUAACAUUAUUCCACAUUUGAUUGCUUGAUGUUAUGUAAUUGUGACUGGUUACAGUAAUCAAUAUAUAUGUUUCUUUAUUGAUUGAUACAUUUCUUUACUAUGUAUGUAUGUAUGUAUGUAUGUGUGUGUGUAUGUGUGUGUAUAUAU